CCAAGGAUGCCAAACACAACACUGAAAGUCACAAAAAGUAGGCAAAGAAAGAUAAGUUCCAAUUCAGUCAUCCACUAACCCACCUUCCUCACCAUAGUCUUGAUGCAAAUCAUCGCAGUUCCAUCACUCAUCACAACACUACAAAAUACUACAACUCUCUUCAAAAAAACAAAAAAGAAAUAAAAAUCCCAUCUUGUCAAAAAUGUCAUCCCACAUUUACAGAGGCAGAAAACAAUGGCAAGAGAUUGUAAUCCUAGUAUUCCCACGUCCCAUCUCCAUCUCUGCCUGCCUCCACCACUUGCUACGUACGUGGUAUAAAGCAUUUCAUUUCAAGAUUUCAACCAAUAAUGGAGAGAAGUGAAAUGAUGAAUCUCUGAAGAGAAGAGAGAGGGUGAGAUUGUGGAGCUUCAGAACUCAGCACUCAAAUAAAGACUCACAUGCACCACAUUUCCCUACUUUUUCUUUAAUUUUGUAGUUGACCCUUUUAAUUCUCUCCUGCUUUGGAUUGUGACUUUCAUGGUUCAUCUCCUGCUUCUUGCCUUGUCAAUCAAUCACCUUUUCUUUUUCCUCUCUUUUAUGUGAUAGCCCUUCCCCUCCCCUUAGACAUAGAUGGAGGGAGUGAGGGAGGGAGCCUUAUCUCUUGUAAUUGUAGCUUGCACUUAUUUAUAUGCAUAUUUAAUUCCCACAUUUUCUUUAACUGUAAUUGGCUCAACAGCUUAAAGUCCAUUUCUUUGUUUUGUUUCUUUCCCUUUCAGUUUCUUCACCUUUCUGCUUGCUUUAUGGCUCACAAGAUCAUGAAUUAUUGCUUUCUUUUUCUGUUCAUGGAUCCUGUUUUUCAGUGAUCACCAUGAAGCAAUGUAGGGCACCAUCUAUUCUUUGAAUUCUUGUGAGAUUAUUUAGCUGGAUUGGUCCUUAGUAUCUGUAAGUAAUCCUAACAUUCUUUUUCAAUUUUGACAUGUUAAAAGCCACCAUCAUAUUCAGCUGUAUUCAUCAGUGAUUUUCUUAGUUAUUUGAGCUCCUUUUUUCUUUUCUUUGUUUAUUCCCCACUUUUUCCAGUAAUGGGAGGGCACAAGAUUUUGCAUUUGACAAUAAUGUUUUGCUGCAUACUUGUUUCUGUUCAAUCAUUGAAUGAAGAGGGAACUAUUCUUUUGGAAUUCAAGAAUUCCCUUAGUGAUCCUUACCUUAAUCUCCAAAACUGGAAUUCCAUGGAUUCCAAUCCCUGCAACUGGACAGGCAUAGGCUGUAGCUCCAAUAAUAUUAAGGUAGUUGUCUCUGUGAAUCUUAGUGGCUUCAACUUGUCUGGCAAUUUGUCUUCUGCCAUUUGCAAACUUCCACACCUAACUAUGUUGAAUGUCUCCAGAAACUUAAUUUCUGGUCCAAUCCCUUAUGAUUUCAACUGCUUCCAAAAUCUCCAAGUCUUAGACCUCUGCACCAAUAGGCUCCAUUGUGAAUUCCCAUCUCAGCUCUGCAAUAUCACAUCCCUCAAAGAGAUGUAUCUGUGUGAGAAUUAUCUAUUUGGAGGAAUCCCUAAUGAGAUUGGCAAUCUUGUCUCCCUUGAGGAGCUUGUGAUUUACAGCAACAAUCUAACGGGCGAGAUCCCGUCGUCCAUUGGCCAGUUGAGGAGCCUGAGGAUCAUCAGGGCUGGAAGGAAUUUGCUGUCAGGCCCUCUCCCUGUUGAGAUUAGUAAAUGUGAGAGUUUAGCAAUGUUAGGGUUAGCAGAGAAUCAGCUAGAGGGCCCUUUCCCUUCUCAGCUGCAAAGCCUUAAGUUUCUCACCACAGUGAUUCUUUGGAAUAAUCAUUUUAGUGGUGAGAUUCCUCCAGACAUAGGUAACUUCACUAGUUUGGAGUUGUUAGCCAUGAAUGGGAAUCAGUUGACAGGAGCCCUCCCCAAAGAAAUCGGGAAAUUGGCCAAGUUGAAGAGGCUCUACCUCUAUACAAAUCAGUUGAAUGGAAGCAUUCCAGUUGAGCUAACAAACUGUUCAAAUGCAGUUGAGAUCGAUCUCUCUGAGAAUCGCCUCACGGGGUUCAUCCCGAGAGAGUUGGCUCAGGUUUCCGGGCUUCAGUUGCUUUAUCUCUUUGAGAACCACCUCAAGGGAGAGAUUCCCAAUGAGCUAGGGCAGUUGCAGCAGUUGACAAAGCUGGACCUGUCCAUAAAUAACUUAACCGGUUCGAUCCCUUUAGAGUUUCAAAACCUCCCUUUCCUCAAGGACAUUCAGCUCUUCAGCAAUCAUCUCACCGGUGUCAUCCCUCCACUUCUUGGAUACAAAUCCAACAUCUCAAUCAUUAACAUUUCCAAAAAUAAUCUCCUAGGCAGCAUACCUGCACAUAUAUGUCGAUCUCACACGUUGAAUUUUCUUAGCCUAGGAUCCAACCGGUUGUCUGGAAACAUUCCCCAUGGCCUAAAAACUUGCAACUCACUUGAGCAGCUAAUGCUGGGAGACAACUUACUCACUGGAAGCCUUUCUGUGGAGUAUACAAAACUUCAAAACCUUUCAGCACUUGAGCUCCACCAAAACCGGUUCUCGGGGCUUAUACCUCAGGAAGUUGGAAACUUUAGAAACAUAGAGAGACUCCUGCUGUCACACAACCAUUUCAUUGGUCACAUUCCUCCUGAGAUAGGGAAUCUUGUGAAGCUCGCUGCAUUCAACGUCUCCUUCAACCAGUUGAUUGGUAGUAUUCCUCAAGAGUUGGGAAGUUGUAUAAAGCUAGAGAGGCUUGAUCUUAGCAGCAAUCAGUUUACUGGCCCUGUUCCAGAUAAACUAGGCAUGCUAGUGAAACUGGAAUUGCUCAAGUUAUCCGAUAACAGAUUGACAGGCCCGAUUCCAGGAAGCUUAGGUGGUCUAGUGAGACUGACUGAACUGCAAAUGGGAGGAAACUCAUUUUCAGGGAGCAUUCCAGUUGAGCUAAGCCAACUUACUGCUCUUCAGAUUGCCCUUAAUAUGAGUCACAACAAUCUCAGCGGCUUGAUCCCAAGCAGCCUGGGGAGCCUUCAGAUGCUCGAGUUUCUUUAUUUGAACGACAAUGAUCUUAGUGGUGAAAUCCCUACCUCCAUAGGGGGAUUGAGGAGCCUCAUCCAAUGCAACCUCUCUAACAACAAUCUAGUCGGAGUGGUGCCUAACACGCCGACUUUCCAGAAGAUGGAUGCUAGUAACUUCGGUGGGAACAACGGACUAUGCAUAUUGGGUCUAAACCAUUGCCAUUCGGAUCCAAGCCCAUCUGCUCCAAACAGGAGCUGGUUCAAGGAUGGUUCAGCAAAAGAAAGAAUAGUCAGCAUCGUUGCACUCUGUGUCGGUAUCACCUCCUUAGGUUUCAUUGUGGCAGUUUGCUGGAUAAUGAGGCGCCCGGGGCCUUCCUUCGCCUCACUUGAAGACCAAAGCAGAGAUGAUGACUUGGAUAGCUAUUACUUCCCCAAACAAGGCUUCAAUUAUCAGGACCUUGUGGAAGCUACGGGGAAUUUCUCCGAAGCAGCAGUUGUUGGAAAAGGGGCCUGCGGUGUAGUCUACAAGGCCGUCAUGGCUGAUGGAGAGGUCAUUGCAGUUAAGAAGUUGAAGUCGCGUGGAGAAGGAGACAGCAGUUUCCGCGCUGAGAUAUCAACUCUCGGGACUAUUAGGCACAAGAACAUUGUCAAACUGUAUGGUUUCUGCUACCACCAGGACAGCAAUCUCAUCUUGUAUCACUACAUGACCAACGGGAGCCUUGGCGAAAUACUCCAUGGAGACGACACAGCGACUAUGCUGGACUGGGACGCGCGCUACAGAAUUGCUUUUGGUGCUGCAGAGGGACUCUGCUAUCUGCACUACGACUGCAAGCCCCAAAUCAUACACCGCGACAUCAAAUCUAACAAUAUCUUGCUGGAUGAAUAUUUCGAGGCACAUGUAGGAGAUUUCGGCUUGGCUAAGUUGAUGGACUUCCCCUACUCCAAAUCCAUGUCUGCUGUUGCAGGAUCAUAUGGAUACAUUGCUCCUGAAUAUGCUUACACAAUGAAGGUGACUGAGAAGUGUGAUAUCUAUAGUUUUGGAGUAGUUCUAUUAGAACUAGUCACGGGAAAGUCUCCGGUGCAACCCCUAGAGCAAGGCGGCGACCUUGUGAACUGGGUGAGGAGGUCGAUGCACAAGUUAGAUACGGUGUCUGAGAUAUUUGAUCAGCGUAUUGAUCUCAGUGCCAAAAGGACAACCGAGGAGAUGUCCUUGGUUCUCAAAAUCGCGUUGUUCUGCACCAGUACGUCGCCUAUCAAUAGGCCGAAUAUGAGGCAGGUCAUAUCCAUGCUCGUUGAUGCUAGAGAAGGAGCCACGAAUUCACUCCCAUCUCCAACAUCAGAAACUCCUCUAGAUGGAGAGGAUUUUUGUUAAGAAAUUUGCAGGUUGUGUGGAGCCAUUGGCUUUAUAUUGGAGAAGAUUUCAAUUUGUUUCCUACUUUUCUUGGAAGAAGCUGAUUGUAGGAGGCUGCCACUCUGAUUGAAUUGUAAAGCUGGAUUACUAGCUAGCAUCUGAUUCAUUGCUAAUAAUAAUUUCAAUAAUUAGUUCCA